CCGGCUGAGGAGUGCGUCGGCCGGCUGCCCACCAGCGUUGCGCAGCGGAGCCGCGGAGCCGGCGGACGGGCGGGCGGGCGGGCGCGCGGACAGACUCGCCGACCAUGGCCGACCAGCGCCAGCGCUCACUCUCUACCUCCGGGGAAUCGCUGUACCAUGUGCUCGGGCUGGACAAGAACGCGACCUCAGACGACAUUAAAAAGUCCUAUCGGAAGCUGGCCUUGAAGUAUCACCCCGACAAGAACCCCGACAACCCCGAGGCUGCAGACAAGUUCAAGGAGAUCAAUAACGCACACGCCAUCCUCACUGACGCCACCAAGCGGAACAUCUACGACAAGUACGGAUCCCUGGGCCUCUACGUGGCCGAGCAGUUCGGGGAGGAGAACGUGAACACCUACUUCGUGCUGUCCAGUUGGUGGGCCAAGGCCCUGUUUGCCGUCUGUGGGCUCCUCACCUGCUGCUACUGCUGCUGCUGCCUGUGCUGCUGCUUCAACUGCUGCUGUGGCAAGUGCAAGCCCAAGGCGCCCGAGGGCGAGGAGACCGAGUUCUACGUGUCCCCCGAGGACCUGGAGGCACAGCUGCAGUCGGACGAGCGGGAGGCCACAGACACGCCGAUUGUCAUACAGCCAGCGUCUGCCACAGAGACCACCCAGCUCACGGCCGACUCCCACCCCAGCUACCACACCGACGGGUUCAAUUAAGUGCAGAGAAGCUGUGAUUGGCGGAUCAAUCAGCACCGGCCCCUUCGAACCUAGAAUCAUGAACUGUAGUCAGGGAGGCAGCGGGGGGGCCGCUCUGGCCGCAGGGAAGGGGCCCCUCCUGCCUCUGUGCCCGCCUGCCCGCCAACCCCUGACCCGGGAAGUUCGUAGCAUGCAGUAUUUAAAGCAGUGUAGCUGCGGUCGCUGUCCCCCGUCUUCCCCCCCUCCAGUCGCAUGUGUGGGCUUCUGCUCCGUGUCUGUCUGUGUUGUGGGUGUGGCAGGGCAGCCGCGGGGCCCGGGUGGUGGUCGUGCCGCCCGGGGCUGUCACCCAGGCUGCCGCAGUGCAUUGGCCGCAUGGCGUGGUGUCCCUACCGCUCUGGCCACAGCUGGGGCGGGUGCUGCCGUGGGGCUGCGGCAUCUGGUCCAGCAGGGCAGCCACAGUCGGGGCCUCUGGGCUGGCCUGCUGUCGAGGGGCUGAGCGGGUCCUCCGGGCGCUGUCAUGCCCCAUGGUGCUGGUGGUAAGGACAGUGUGUGCAGGUCCCGUCCACCUCCUGGGCUUGGCCUGGCGGUGGGGCUUUUCCUGAGUGAGCGUGCGCUGUGUGGACUGCAGGGGCCCCUGACCCUGAGACCACCUUCCCUGCCUGUGUCUGGCCUGAGUCCCCUGUGCCACGAGUGUAUCCCUUAGCCCAGGAGCUUGGUCAGUGGCCACAUCUGGGCGUUUUCCUUUCCCUUCUCUGUGUUGCCUUCCACGCUCCCCGGGCCCUGCACCUCUUUGUGGCUGUUCUUGGACAUCUGAGCACCACCGUGGCCCCGUUAGUCAUAGUUGGGCUGAGAGUCCAGGCUCCGGUGGCGCCUGGCUGCCCAGCCUGCUCUCUGCAUCCACAGCUCCGCUCACCCCUUCCCCUGCUGCUCCCCAGCCAGAGCCAGAGAUGCCAGGGCCCUGGGGAGGGACCCGCUGGACCAAAGGCUGGCUCUGACCCAGGAGCCCUGAGGCCUCUGUCUGUCAGCCCCUCACCACUGUCUCGGCCAGGGUCCCCUGGGAGCUGCUGGAGGUGGGUCUUGUGUGUCCCAGAUUGCGGGUGGCGCCCUUGCUGUGGGGACAGGAGCAUGGCCCAUGCGGGCCUGGUUCUUGCAGAGCGAGCUCAGUAGCCGCUACUGUGCACCCUGAGCUGCCAGGAGAGUGGAGGCAGGCUCUACGUUGGACAGCUGAGAACGUGCUCCUGAAGCUGCUGUUCUCCCCCAAGGGCCAACCAGACAGCAGGCUCAGCGGGCUGGGACGUGGCUGGAAGGCACGGCAGCGUCAGGCUGCUGCUCUGUGCGAGGGCCUGGCAGAACCCCCAGCGCCAGGGACCCAGCCCCGCUUGAAGUGGUCUUGCUCGUCGGAUGGUCACGGAGACCCAGCAAGAGGGCAUCCCUGCUCUGUGGCGUCAGCUCAGAGCUGGUGCUGACACCAGGCCUCCCUGUGAGGAAGACUCCUUUUGGACGCCUGCAGUGCGGGAGGAGGCAAGGACAGGUGGCGUCCACCCUGCAGGUGCCUCUGAAAGUCACUUGGGAAGGGAGCUGCCCCUCCCCAGGGGGACCGAGCACCUUUUGGAGACCUCCCGUGUCAGGCAGAGAGCCACCUGUGUGGUGGCUUGGUGGCUGUGCAGUGGCUGGGCUUUCACACGUCUGCCAGUCAACCUUUGCCCAGGGGCCCGGGCAUGGGCGCCCAGCGGGUCUCUGUGGACUUAGAGUGGCUGGCAGGCCCAGCAAGGCUGUGGCGCAGGCCGCCUGUGCCGGGGGGACCCUCCUGGGGCGGCACUGUGGUUGGGUCUCUGCAUUUCCCUGUUUCUCGUGGUCUGUUUCCUGGCUGAGCAGAGCAGCUGAGGCUGAAGAGGCCACCUGUUGGUGCAGAGUGGGGGCGACCCUGCACCUCACCCCAGGGCCACCCAGAGUGGCAGCCACGUGGGGCCAGUGCUGGUGUCUGCCAGCAGCCAGUGUGUGUGGCCCAGGCAUGGUGGAGUCUGUUUUGUCAAAGGAGGGGCUGGCCAGACAGACUGCGGAAGGGUGGGCACUCAAGGAGUCCGGCAGCACAACCUACAGCCCGGCAGCUGCUGGUGGGUAGUAGGUUCUGUUCCGCCCAGCGGUACGGUCUCGUCUCGUCUCCCUUUUGGCUCUGUUCUCAUUUCAAACUGCUUUAGAUGUUGCUGCUCGGAGUGGGAACCUUCCUAGCUGAUUGGUUGGUGCAGCCUGCCCCACGGGCCCUUGGGGGGUGGCAGCGGGGCUCUUCCCCCGGCUCCCACUUGGGUGCCGGCCCUGCCAGGCCAUUCUGGAUGUUCCGGCGUAGGCAGUGUGUGCCGAACAUGCCGGGGCCUGCGGGGGGCCCACCGGCAGUCUGGGGAGACCCUUUGCCUCCCUGGCACCAGGCUCUGUGGGGGGGUGACGUGUGGGGGGGGGUUGCCCUUCCCUGGCUCCAGCUUGUCCUUCCAGGGGCCUGGUGGCAGCAGGUGUGACGCAAGUGACUGAUUUCAUUCCUCUCAGUUCUGAGCUGUGAACAUGUGGCUCAGGCUGACCCAUGUGUUGUGUUGUCCUGGCUAUGACCUCCUCUGUGGAGCUGGCAAAAGCCACCUUUCCACAGCCCUUAUCAGCACGGUGGGCAUCGUCUGUGCUCCAGGUGUGGGCAGUGUGUCUGUGUACAUAUAUGUACAUGUAUGUGUCAUGCAGCCCUCGUGGUGGCGGCUGUUGAGUGGCAAAGUGGCAGGCACAAUAAAGGCGGCUCCAAAACAGCCUCUGUUUCUUGGCGUGUUGGGGCGGGCGGAGGGGCCCCUCAGCUCCUCUGCUGGGGGCCUGGAAGAGACCCCUGGUGUGGCCCCGUACCCAGACUUCGUGGACAGCCAGCGUGGCCACCGUCAGCCUCUGCAGGGCAGGGCGCCCACCCCCAGGGCCCUCCGUGGUGGUUGUCUGACCCACAGGUGCAUGUCCCUGUGUGACAUCUGGGAGGCGGUGGGAACCUGUUCCUCGUGGAGACUGAGACCAGUUUUCUGAGCACUUGAGAGAACCAGUGACCAAGCGUUCUGAGCCGUCGGUGUUGGGACCAGAGGGUGGCGGGCAGCGCGGGGCCUGGCCCUCCCUGGAGGAUGGACUUGUGCUGAGCACCAAGUGAGGGGUGGCGUGCACCGAAACACACGGCGAUGUGUGGAGCACUGAGUGCACAGGCAGCGCUGCCUGAGCCAGCUCUGUCCUGUGAUGGGGCCCAGGGUCCGGGGCUGCUCCGUCCUGUGUGUCCGGGUGUCACUCGGAAGUGAAGAUGUAACGACUGUAAAAUAAAUGUUUUCACUGCA